AUGGAAUUAGAGAAAACAUUACAUAGAGUUCAAGAACGAAUUUUGACUCAUCAAUAUGUUCCUAAAUUUACUAAUAUUUGCAGUAUGAUUUUAUUAAGUUUGGCAUCUAUAAAUUUACUUAUAAUAUGGGGAUUAAGUCAUAGGACAAUCAAUUAAAUAUAAUUUGAUAUUGAAUAGAAAGAUAAAAUUUAUCAUUAUUCAAUUGUAGAUAAUGAUAAAACAAUUCUAAUGAUGAAAUAUUCAAACACUUAGGAAUUAUUGCACUUAGAAACUGAAUUUUUAGAAUUACACAAUUUUACUAUUAUCAACAUUACUGUGGAUUAUAAUAACUACUUUGAUAGUAGUCUUUAAUAAUUAUUAGCAAAGGCUACAAAUUUGGAAACAUUAUUCUUACAUGAUGUUGCUUAUUCAAUAUAUUCAGAUAUUUAUGUUAAAAAUAAUGCUACAAAUCAAACAUUUAUUUGGAAAGAGAAUCAAAACCUCUAUAAUUAAUUAGGAAAAGUAGCUUACAAUUUUUGUGAUUUCUUAAUAAUAACUUUGGGGUUAUUCAUUUCUUCUGCUAUUUCAUCACUCUAUAUUAAAAUAACUAUUAUUUGUGCUCCAGUCAUUAUAAUUAUAAUGUGUAUUACUCUUUUUAUAAUAUAUUUUAGUAGAAGUAUCCUAUAUUUUUGGAAAUAGAUAAAUAUUCCCAAUAUUUUUGGCACGUGCAUUCCCAUGGAUAGGAUUAUAUUUAAAUAUUUUAGAUAGAACUUAAAGAUCAAAAAAAUAACUUAUCGUUGCAUUUACUUUAAUGUUAUUAUUAAUCUAUUUUAUCUAUUUAUCAUCUAUAAUUAUUGGAAGUUACUUAUUGUUUAAAAUUUAAGUUCCAUAUGGUUUGGAAGAUAACUUUUUUGGGUAUUAUUAAUAUAAUUAGAAUUUUAUAGUUUAGUUACAGUUAAUGAAUUUGCAUCUUUAUUAUUUUUGAGAACUCGUUCCUCUAUAUAUUUUGUUCCAAAGUUUACAAUCAUAUAUUAUUAUUUGUUCCUUUGGUAUGUUCGUUCUACAAGUAAAAAUCAUAUAAUACAUUUUUAGAUUAUGGUUUCUAUUCACUUGCUAUGAUCACAUUAUCUUAUAUGUGUUUUGGAACAUUUUGUCUUUUCAUUUUCAUCUAUGAAAUUCCCAGUCUAGGUUGGAAUCCCCUAUCAUUUUAUACACCAUCUAUUGAUAGACCACGCUGUUAUUAUUUACCUGUUUUUUCAAUGAAUUGGAUCAAUGAUUUACCAUAACUAUGGACUAUGUUUUACCCUUUGCAUGGAAGAAGGUAUUUAUUAUACCUAUGUCUCUAGAUAUUUUUAAAUUUAAAAUUUAGCUUUAGUUGAUCGAAACUUUCCACUUCUCAACAAUCUCUUAGAUAUUGAAUUGUAAGAAUAAUAAUGA